GUGCUGUCUGUGUCGCCAGGAUGCAGCAGCAAAGGAUAAUGCAGUAUUACUAGUUAACAGCGUGCUGUGGGACAACGAAAACCCAACCAAUUGUGAACCGACCGUGGGCGCUUCGCAUUCGCAACGGAUGUGUCCUGGUGCAGGAUCGCUUGCAUUCAUCUGCCUACAGCAGGCUGCACCGAUGGUCCGAUUCGGGGCCAGAGCUACUACUACCACUACUACUACACCGCUGCUGCUGCUGGCUCUGCUGGGUGAAACAGCUGCCGUACAUCCUGUGCGUUUGUGCGGCCAUACUUUCCUGGGGAAUACGCGCGCGUCAGGCACUGGAGGAACCUGGGCUGCUGUGGGCAAUGAGCAUACACUAUGAAACCAUCGGUGUUACAGACACUGCUCGAUCCCGCUUCAACGCUGGCGGUGUACAGUAAGAAGCAACGGCCGCAACAUGCCACCUGCACCAACAACCGACGCGACGUCGCCCGUGGCUUCCUGCCCAAGGACAAGUGCCGGGCGCCGGGCCGGGUGCCAGUGUUUGCGGUCGGGCUGCUGUUUUGCGUCACCGUGUACCUGUACUUUACGACCACCAUCUGGCCGGAUGCGACCCAGAUGAUCGUGACCAUACCGGCGGAUGAUGCCGACCUGCCCGGACCAAAAGAACAAAAACAAGACCAAAUUGCAACAAAAUGCACCAACAACCAGGCUUAUGCUUCACAAGCGAGAGCAGAUGAACUGCAACUCACUUCCAAUCGAAUUAUUCCGAUCGUUCCCCAAACCAAUGCCUCCAUCACCACCACCACCACCACUACCAACGCCGCCGCUGCCCUCGUCCCUGCAAUCAACAACCAUCUCACGAAUGCCAACGUGCCGUCGCCGAUGGUGGUCGAAAAUGGUUGCAAUCCGACUACGAUUGAUCACCAUUCGACGGUGGCGGAUGUUGAACCCUUGCUCACUAACAACACCACGACCGAACUGCUCGAUCCAUCCGCCCCAGUGCCAAAAGGGUUCAUCGUGUGGGGACCGGGCUGCCAGAUAAUGGACCUGAACCCGGUGGCGAAGGACGUGAUGCGGCUGUUCAGCAAGGAGCGGUUUGUGCCGUGCAGCCCGAAGCAACCGCUGACCACGAUCGAGCAAAACUUCGACAACGACACGGUACUGGUGCGGUACCAUCGCGAUCGGUUGGAUGCGUUCAUGCCGCACUAUAUGCGGUACGUUCGGUGCUGCUAUCAGAGCAUCGAGCGAUCGGGGACGAAGGAUAAGGCUGACAAAAACUUCUGGGUUGGAGAGUGUAUUGCUUUCAACGAAUCGUUCUUGUUGCCAUCCUCGGUACGCAACGGAAUUCUAAUACGAUGCAAAGCCGGUGUGUCCGAGUCGAGCAAAUCGAAAAAGGCCAUCUACACGAACGUGCAUGCCCUGGUGCGCCCGCAGCCGAACGUCCGGGAGCGGAUAGACAAGUUCAAUGGACGAGCGGAGAAGCGACCCCUGAGCGUACUCAUGAUUGGUAUCGACAGUAUAUCGAGGCUGAAUCUUAUCCGUGCGAUGCCUCACACGGCGCAGCAUCUCUAUGAUACGGGUUGGUUUGAGCUGAAAGGAUACAACAAGAUUGACGAUAACACUUACCCGAACCUGAUGGCAAUCCUGACCGGGUACAACAACUCGCUCGCCUACUCGGUGUGCAACCCGAAGAAGGUGGGCCAACUCGAAGAGUGUCCGUUCAUGUGGAAGUACUUCGCCGACAAUGGGUACGCGACGGCAUACGCGGAGGAUGAGGCCAGCAUCAACACCUUCAACUACCACAAGUAUGGCUUUGUGGCGCAACCAACCGACCACUACUUCCGACCGGUGGCGCUAGCGGCGGAGAAGAAUCUAUCGAAGAAGAUGAAAAACUCGCUCACCUUCUGUCUCGGGUAUCAGAACUACGCCGAUUACAUCUACCAGUACGCGCUGGACUUUGCGUCACAGUACCGGAACGAUCCGUACUUCGGGCUGUUCUGGACGAACACGUUCAGCCACAACGACAUCAGCGAUCCGUCCUCCAUGGACCGGCGCAUGAAGUACUACAUCGAGCAGCUGGACGAGCGAGGAAUUCUCAACAACAGCAUGGUGGUGUUUUUUAGCGAUCAUGGGCUGCGGUUCGGACCGGUCCGUAUGCUGCUCACUGGUUGGUUGGAGGAACGUUUGCCGUUUAACUUCAUCUGGCUGCCCGACUGGUUCCGCGAGGAGCACCCGGAGAUUGUGCAGGCGCUAAAGAUUAACCGCAAUCGGUUGACGAAUCCGUACGAUCUGCACGCCACCCUCAAGCAUGUGCUGGAGCUGUCGGGACGGAUUCAAAAUCUGCCCGGUCCGCUCAGCUGUCCCAACUGCCAGAGCAUCUUCGUGGAGGCCCCAUGGAAUCGAUCAUGCGAGGAGACAGCGAUCGAAUCGCACUGGUGCACCUGUGCCAACUUUCAACCCAUCGACAAGCGGUCACCGAUGGUGCAGCGGGCGAUCGCGUUCGUGAUCGAUUACGUGAACCGUGACCUGGAGGACCACCGGAACAGCACAACGUCCAACUAUGCUUGCGCGAAGCUAACGCUCGGUUCAAUCACGCUCGCCAAAAUGGCGCGCGAACCGAAGGGAAAGCUACCGUACAAGGACUAUCUGCUCAUCUUCGAGGGCAAACCGGGCGGUGGGAAAUUUGAGUCGACGGUAAGACACUACGCGGAGCGGGAUGCGUUCGAGAUUACAGGAUCGAUUAGCCGGUUGAAUGAGUAUGCUAGUCAAAGCGAGUGCAUGCAUAUAGACUACCUGCGGAAGUAUUGCUACUGCCAGCGUACUAAACUUUUCUAGACGAUUAGCGUGAUAGAGGAUCGAGCCAGUGCAUCGAACGAUUAGAACGUAUGUUUGUAGUUAAACGAUUAGUAAUUUUUUUUAUUGCGGCCUAAACUAGCGAAUGCCCCUUUCUGGGGGAGCGUUCUCGUUGCAAAGCUUUUAAAGCUAUUCUCCCUAUACCAUUCCAACAUUGAAUAUCGACCUUCCAUUGGCUUUGAUUUCACCUCUAAAAUCAAUUCCUGUUGUUAAACCUAUUACCACAUCCAGCGCUACAAGCUUUCAAGAGUGUAGAAAGGACUCGCAUAGUUUAAUGUACUAUCUAUCGAACCUAGCACCAAACCCACUUACAAAACCGAAUCAAACGAUGUUCCUUUUGGUUAGGACAAACUGUUUGCAUAGUCUCUCGCCUGUGAGUGAGCAAGCGGUUUGGUAGAAGCAAUCUGUGCCAAUGCCAGGGCAUGGCGGUAUAAGGACUAGUGGAACUAAGAAAUGUAGAAUCGUGAUCUGUAGUACCGUAGAAUCUGUGAAAUUCGAUGAUGGAAGAAUCAAAUAGCACAAGCAAAGCAAUGCGAACGAAUUGAAUUCGGUGCGAAAUUGCUAAAGCUCUGUGCAGAGUUAGCAAAUAAUGCAGUUGAAUCUCUCGAUGUUUUUGGAGAGGCAGUUUACACAUGAAUCUUCUCAAACUAGAUCUCGAUUCAGGGGAGGAUAGAUAUUUUGACACCUAUUAUUGUUACGAUACAAAGGAUGUGAAUAUUUCUUUUGUUUUUUACUUAUUAAACGAUCAUGAACUAGGUUGCAUGAUACAGUGCAUUAGCGUUAGUUAAGUUGAUUUAGCGUGGACCAACAUGCAUGCUAGUAGCGGACUGCUGUAGGGUUGCAACGAAUGUCAUGUGCAACGAACGGGAAGUGGGUUUAUUUGUGGGCAUUUAUCAUACAAGCAAACCCACAAUGUUGUGAACUAGACCUGAGGUUAUAACCUGUAGAAAGUAAAGCAAAGUUUACACUCAUUCUGAAAGUAGCGUAACGAGGAGCUAGGACGAACUCACAUGAGCUCUUGUUAAGGAUCCAAUAGAGCACCCCAGUAGUAAAAGAAAUGAAAUGAAUCAAACAUCAACCCAAGCCUCGAUAGCGCACAGGACGAGAAAAGAGGGGAAAAAUGCUAGUGAUUACAUUUUACGAACAAUAGAAACCAUAAGAUAUUGCAUGUUCAAUGCUCCCGUGGGUUAGGUGCGCUGUAAAUAGUUGAAUGCUGGCUUUUGUGCCAGACUUGGUAGUCGAAAACCCUCCCCAUGGUUAGAAACCCCGAUAUACAACAUUAGACGGAAAUCAAACAAUUGUGAAGAAAGCAGAACUCAAACCAGAUGAAUACUAUUUUACUUUUGUUAUUUACGAAUAUUGGAAUUAAUAAACAAAUGCAGUGAAAAUGGUUAAAAUAAAUGGAUUUAG